AUGAACGAACGAUGCGCUCGUCGGAAAACUCGAGAUCUCUCCCGCGGCCCCCCUCUCACCACAUGUAAAUUCUCUGGCGGCGCACCCCCUUGGUGUCCGCCCAGUUGAUGGUGAUGAAGGCGACGAGUCGGACGAUUGCCAAAUCACCCUCGUCAAAAAUGCGCCGCCCACCAAACGACCCAAGAACAUCCUCAAACAGCAGCAGCAGCAGCAGCAGCAGAGUGCACCGGCCCAGCCUGUCAAGGAGGAAGAAGCAGCUCCCGCAGCAGCAGCAGCAGCGGCAGCAGCGACUGACGUGGACAUGGACAAGCUGUUCGACUCGGAUGACGACAUGGCGCUGUUUUUCGAUGCGGAGGUGGAGAGGAAGGGCGGGGUGAAGAAAGAAGAGAGGCGGGAUGGCAAUGGUGAGGGUGACGAGGAGGACAACGAUGAUGACUGGCUCGGAUUCUUCGACGAUGAGUAAGUACGGUGGACAGCAUAUGACAUGCAUGGUGGUUUGUUUGAUGGUCUCCACCCACACGUAUGUAUUGUGCUGUCCAAUUGCGUCUAGUGACGUGUUUGAGGACGGCAAGCGGCCUGCUGCCGCUGCCGCUGCCGCUGCUGCGGGUAGGCGUAGCCGUGCUGAUGGUGGCGGGGGGCGGGGCGGGAUGGGUGGCGGCUCCAUCGAAGAGGAUGACGAUGACGACCUGACGGACAAGUAAGCCACACGGACACCUGCACAGGUGGGGGAGAGGAGGGACGGGGCACAGGUCGGCGUGGUGCGUUUGCAUAUCUUCUGCGCAGCGGCGACGACGACGAUGCCAUCGGACAGCACCGCCAGAACGCAAAUGCAAACAAAGGUAUGCAGACCGACCAUGGUGGCCACACAAAGACGACGCAUCCACUGCGUCUCCUUGCCGUGUGGUGUGUGCCUCUCUCCUGUGUGCAGGAGGAGGUGACCCGCUAGGCAUCUGCCCAAGGACUGGCGAGAGGCGAAGAACCGACCACUGUGCCCAUACGACCUCGAGCAGCAACAACACCAAGAUGACAACAUGCAAUACGACCAUGGAUCGGUAAGCCAUAAACACAUUCCCUCCAAUUCGUGGGCGGCUGUUGUAAUGAAAGGGAUGUGUGGUGCGUGUGUGUCAGGAUGGUGCUGGGGGUGGAGGUGCUGGUGGGGGCGAGGAGGUCAUGAAGGCCGUGCGUCGAUCGUCGCUGUUCAACUUCGGUCACGAGCAUCCUGCCGUCCUGGCGGAGGUGAGGCCUGUAACGCCCAUGCAUUCACUGCAUAUAUCUGGACUCUGUGUGUGUGUGGAUGGGUGUGUGUACCCAUGUCAGUCGGCCACUUUGCAUGCGGUCAAGUUGCCUCCGCUCCGCCAGACUGACAUCGUAUGCAUGCCCAAGUAAUUAAUCGCUCGUGACGUGCACAGGUGUCUACACAUCAUUCCUCCCGUCCUUUCUGCCUGCCUUGCUGCCUGUCUGUCCUGCAGAUGGGUAGUGGAUCAUGGCCUGUUGUCGAGCGUUCAGAUGGAGUCGAUAAUACAAGCGUGCCGACGCUCAAGCAAGGUACACACACACACACACUCCCCACCCCCAACACGCCCACACACGAAUGCACGCCAUAUUAUCUGUGCUUGUUGUUGUGGUUUUGUCAGUUGUUGGACUCAGGGCACCGGGGUGGUUUCUGCCUCGGCGACGGAACCGGCAGCGGCAAGGUCAGAACCACACCACACACCAGCACGCGCAUCUGCCGGUGGCCGUCCGUAUUCAAGUCAUUCAUUGAUGAGUGGUGCACUGGUGCGUUGGUUGCUUGGUUGGGUGCAGGGGCGGACCAUGGCGGCGUUCAUUGGGCACGUGCACAACCACAAGGGGUUGACCAGGAACCAGCGGCACAUCUGGUUCAGUGUCUCGCCCGACCUCGAAAUGGACUCAAAGAGAGACAUAGGCACAUACGGACACAGACCACACGAUUCAUGCUGCACGGACAUGGACACCCACUAGUAUACGCCUUUGUGUGGUGUGUUGUGUUGUGUUGUGUGGUGUUGUGUUGUUCAGAUGAUCUGCGUCUGGGUAUACCUCUGGCCAACAUCAGGGGCAUGCCAGUGUUCGACUCCUUCAUGAGCAACCGCAAGAACAAAGAGAAACUCGUGGACAAACUGGGACCCUCAUGUAUCCACUAUGCCACACACACACACACACAGACACAUCCAUCCAUCCACAGAGACAUACACAUAUAUGGGUGUUGUGUUGGAUGCCUGUGCGCCCCCUCGAUGCCCUCAGGCAACGGCAUUCUCUUCUGCAGCUACAUGUAUUUCAUUCGGCAUAACACCGGCAGCAAGGCGGAGAACCUGUCAGCCCGGCUCAAGAAGGGCGACCACGACAUACUCAAUGAUCCCAAGUACCCACCCCCCCACACCCCCACCCCCAUCCACGAUUCUCUCUGUUUGGUGUGUGGUGUGUGUAGAUUGUGCCGGUUCGCGGCCACUGUCGAGUGGCUGGGCGGCAAGGACGCUCAGGGCACCAUCGUAUUCGACGAAUCGCACAAGGUCAGUCGGCGAAUACACACCAAUUCAGACCAAUGUCCGCCACGUGUGUAUGCAGGCCAAGAAUCUGGGGCCAGAGUUGACGGGCAAGGGUACCGAGUUCGACAGCCAGAACAUGACGCCCAAGGGCGCAUCCCUCACCGGCGUGCUCGUGGCCAAACUCCAGGCACGUCACACACCAAUGAGCUUAUGGAUCGAUCCAUCCAUCCGUUCAUCCAUCGUGGCGUGUUUGUUGUCACGUGUGAGCAGGAGUUCUGUCCCAAGGCGCACGUCAUCUACGCAUCCGCGACUGCCGCAUCAGAGCUGCGCAACCUCGGCUACAUGUCUCGUCUGGGCCUUUGGGGUGAGUCAGUGAGUGAGUCAGUAGGUUGGCGGAGUGCGGCGCCCAGGUGCAAUUCAAUGGGUGGCUGCCAUGCCACGUGUGUGGUUGUUGAUGUGUGUGUAUGUGUGUGUAGGUCCGGGGACUCCGUUUGCGCACUUCCCACAGCUGCACAAGCGGAUCAACUACAGCGCCGUGUCGGGGAUGGAGUGCCUGACCAUCAACAUCAAGUCGCAGGGACUCGUAAGCACACGCACCCACACAUAUAGGACACACAUGACAUUUCGACGCAUCUAUUCCCCCCUUGUGUCUAUGUCUCGCUGUGUCUGUGUGUCUGUCUGUGUGUGUGUGUACAGUUCUCAUCCAGGACCCUCAGCUACCACGGCUGCAAAUUCGUCGUUGACAAGGUGCUGCUUGGGUGGAUGGAUGGAUGGAUGUGCACCAGGGUGUGUGGUGGCUUGGUGUGCCUUUCUACAGAUCGGCCUCAAGAACGACGCCACCAACCUCUACUCGACGGCAGUGGUGGUGUGGCAGGACGUCUUCGCCCUCUUCAACGAGACCAAGGAAGACCCACACGUUCACUGGCACGACGGAAACACACCCGGAUGGUAGGUAGAGAUUGGCAAGGUGCCGGCGUGGCAGUCACCCCCUCUCCGUCUUUGUGCCCGUCUACAGUGCCUUUUGCUCCAGCCCGGACUGCAAGUACACAAUCCACAACGAUGAGCGGAUGUAAGUGGGGCAACCCAGACGUCCGGCCGGCCAGCCAGACACAAAUACAGACACAGACAGACGCACGACAGGGCUCUCUCUCUCCGCAUGGCUUCAUCGAAUCCGUCAAACAGGGUGGCGACGAUGCAGUUCUGGGCCACUGCUCAGCGUUUCUUCCGCAUCCUGCUCGUCGCGACGAAAAUACCCACAGCAGUGCGCAAGGCUAGGAAGGUAAGGGCAGGGCAGGGCAGGGGGGGGGAACUUGCCGAGCCGAGGUACAUAGGCCACACAGGGUGUCCCUUGUGACACUCCUUCAGGACCUCGCCAAUGGCAAGGCCGUCAUCUUCUCAAUGUACACGAUAGACGGACACCACACACGACACAGCCCGCAACACACACACGACACAGCCCCACAACCCUCUGUGUGUGUGCAGGUGGUCAUCAGGCGAGGCCCGGCAGCGUGAGAAGGCCGACCAGCAAGAGGCCCGUCGUGCGGCGCGUGGCGAGACGCUGGCUGAUGAUGCGGACAACGAUGAGGACCAGGAGGCCAUGAACACCGCUGGCCUCGACCUCAUACUCGAGCACCUUCUCGACAAGGUGAGGGCCCUCUGAUCUCUGCUGCUUUGUGUGCGUGGCUAGAUGAAUGGAUGGAUGGAUGGAUGGGUGCAGUGGGUGAAGACCAAGGACGUGCGCGGCUACGAGGUGGGCGUGGUGGGCCAGACCUACGACGAUCGCAAACAGGCCAUCAGUAGGGGGAGGGAGGGAGGACAGGGCGGGAGGCAAGCAACAUACACACACGUGCAUACGCAUGUGUCUCUGCCUGUCUGUGCCAUCCAUCGUCCUGCAGAGGAGCGCCUUGCCAACAUCGACAUGCCGUAAGCCACCGACCGACACACGCACACCCACACACCCUACUCCACUGCUCAAUUGUUCGUUGGUGCAGCCCCAACCCUCUGGACGCCAUUCUUCAGGAGUUUGGCGGGCCAGACAGGGUGGCUGAGCUGACAGGUCAGUGAGUGAGAGGACGGAUACACUCAUCCUCCAGCCAGUCACGUGUGGGAUGUCCUCUGUUCAUCUGCAGGUCGUUCGAAGCGUCACGAGGUCAACCCGAGCACCGGUCGUCGUGAGUAUGUCGACAGGGGCAAGUACAGCCGCGGCCGGCCGAGCAGGCAGGGCGAGUCCAUCAACAACAGGUCGGUUGACCGGGCAACACAGAGAUGGAUGGAUGGAUGGAUGUGGUUGUGUCAGGGAGCGGCAGUUGUUCCAGGACGGCGAGAAGCGCAUCGCGGUCAUCACAGAGGCGGCGAGUGCGGGGAUCUCACUGCACGCCGACAGACGAGCCGGCAACAGACGGCCUCGAGUCAUGGUACGCAGCCACGCAAUGAAAUGGCCUCCAUAUAGACAGUGCACACAUCUCUGUUUGUCUGUUUGUUGGUCAGUACACCUUGGAGCUUCCCUGGUCCGCCGACAAGGUCAGAAGGAGCACUUUAACCCAACCCACCCCCCUCCCUCUCUCUCUUUCUCUGUGUGUGUCUCCGGGGGUGCUCUGUCUGUCUGUCUGUCUGUAUGUCUGUCUUUCUGUUGUCAUCCAUAUAUAUCAGGCGGUGCAGCAGUUCGGCCGAUGCCACCGAUCCAACCAGCUGCACAACCCCCAGUUCCACCUGGUGGUGACGGAGAUGGGCGGCGAGAUCAGGUUCACAUCUACCAUCGCACGCCGCAUGAAGAUGCUCGGUCAGCGACCAAGCCAGCCAUCGCGGCUUACAUCAAUGCAUCCGUUGUCGAUGUGCCUGUCUCUCUCUCUCUCUCUGUGUGUGUGUGUGCGUAGGUGCGCUGACUCGUGGCGACCGUCGCUGCACCAUGAGCGAGGCUGAAGACGCGACCCUUGCUGAAUUUGACAUGCAGGUAGGCAUGGAUCCUUGACGCACCAUACCAUACACACACGCCAGCUUAUCCCCUAUGUGUGUGUGUGCAGACGAGGAAUGGUCGUGAGGCUCUGAAGGCGCUGCUCAACGACAUAUCCAAGGCAGCCAAAGACGUAUGCAAUGCAACGCAACGCGCACGCACAAACACACUGUAACGCACAUAUGUCUCCAUGGAUGUGUGUGGUUCCAUUGCCCUCUCCGCUAUGUAUGUGUAUGUAUUGCAGCCGACCUACGCCGAGGGCAUGGACGAGUACCUGGUCAGCCAACACACCAUCGACAAACGAGGAGCCAUCCAUCCAUCCAUCCAUCCAUUUGUCCGUCCGUCCAUCCGCGUGUCUCUGCCCUCCUCCCCUGCGUGUAUGCGAUCAUCAGAUGCGCGACAACCAGGACGAGUCUGACGCAUCCAGCUCCGAGGACGACAAACCUCACCCACACCCACAGAAGCAGACACAGAGGCGGGGCGGCCCAUCCUCAUCCUCAGCAGCAGCAGCAGCAGCAGGUGGUGCCGCAUCUGGUGGGAUUGUGGACGUGGACGGCGAUGAGCAGAUGCCCGAAGGGGGGAUGGUGAUGGUGACAAUGGUGGGGGUGGUGGGGGCCAGGGCGCGCCUACCCUGCCCUCGUGUGAAGGAUUGGAGGAGGAGGACGACAGCGAUGACGAUGACACGCCAGAAUACGCCUUCCAGAAGUGAGUGAAUCUGUGGGUGCGGUGCGUUGGCGUGUGCCGGGUGGGGUGGGUUGACGACGUGUUGUGUGUUGGGUGUUGCCUGUGAUGUGGUGGGUGCGCGCAGGUACUAUGAUAGUUUUGGUGACUUUGCCGAGCAGGCCAUGGAGGAGAUGGGCAAAGUCGAUGUCAGUGGACUAGUGGAGCCUGAGGUGGGUGGAUAAUUGGGUAAUGGGUGGGUGGGUGUGAUGCACACUCUCCUCUCCCUCCCUCCCUGCCUCCCUCCCUUGGUUGCUUCCUCGAUGUCACUCAGGAGGAUCCCAACAGCCGUCGUGUGCUGAAGAAGAAGAAGACGAUAUCGCUGCGCAGCUUCAUGAAUCGCAUGCUCAUGAUGCACCGGCCGUCCAAAAUCCCGUCUUUGAGUGGCUGAUGUGUACGCAACACAAGACUCAACACACAACACACAACACACGCAGGCAGAGCCGCUCAAUGUGCUGCUCGGUUUGAUGCACUGCAGACAUCUUCGCCGAGAAGGAGCAGUCUGGGUGGGUGACAAGCGCCCGUACUCGUGUGUCUUCACCCCUUUCCCCCCCCGCCGCACUGCCUCCCUGUGCGUGUGUGGUGGGUGUGUCAGUGACGGUGCCAAGGACAAGGACGCCAUCGCCGACCUCAACUCGUGCUACCGGCAAGCAACCAAAUCACACGUCGAUCGACUAGACACACACCACAACAUACACACACAGAUGUACCUCUAUGUGUGUGUCUCUCUCUUCUCCGUAUGUAUGUGUGUGUGUACGUGUGCAGUGGACUCAUCGGCGAGCCGCAGGCCGUAGUCUUCGAGAAACAUGAGAUCAUCGCCAACGAUCCACACACACACGCAGAUACCGUAAGCAGCGAAACAGGGCGGGCGAUUUCCAUGGAAUCUCUCUCCCUCCGUGUCUGUGUCAGUACUACACCCACGUACGGGUGGACAGAGGGAUAUCCUUCGAAGCCGCCAAGGAUCUCUACCUCAGUGUGCGCAAGAAGAAGGACGCUGCCGGCCACAAGAGAUCGCCGCACAAGCUCCAUCGGCCGGAGGGGUUCUACUGGUGGAUUUCUGUGUGCACAGACAGACACAUGUCAGGCAGACGAUCUCUGGCAUUUGUGCGUGAGUGUGUGUGUGUGUGUCAGGUGGCAUUACAAAAAAGACCAGAGGUGCAGGCGCUUUCCCAUACUCUUCAUUCAGAAGAAGGAGACAUACGCAGCGGUGGGUGGGUGGGUGAGUGGGUGCACUGGAUCCGACCCAACCGCAUCCAUCAAGUACACACGCGCGGCAUAUCCACCUCUGCCUAUAACAGGACAAGAAGUACAAGGUGUACCGCCCCAACAUCGGCGCCAGCGACGUCUUCCUGAACCACAUGUCGCUCAUCUUCAGAUCGCUGCACGCCCUCAACAGUGACGGAUCCAUCUCGGUGCGCUUGGGGGAGGGGGGACACACAGUACACGGAAUACAGACAAACCACCACCAAUACACGACCUUUUGGUGGCUGCAGAAGAUCGCCAUUCAGAAGAAGCCAGACGAGAGCGGCAAGCUGGUCGACAACCUGAGCAGCAUCGAGACGCAGUAAGUGACCCCUCCUUGCGAGCGCAUGUCGUUGGCUGCCUGCGUGUCAUGUGGUGUGAUGUGCUGUGCUGUGCCCUUUCUGUUUGUCAGCUGGACCAGGUGUUUCGAGCGUGCUGAUGAAGUGUGCAGCUGCCUGUAGGCAAACAUGACGCUAGACACGCACAGGGAUGGAUGGAUGGAUGUGUGUGUGUGUAUGUGUGUGGGGUGUGUGUGCAGUCAGUACACCAGCGAGCCUUGGAAGUUGGAGCAGAACGAGGACGGCAUGCACGUCGUCAACGGCAGCGUCUGCACAAAGGGCAUGCGCAAGGUGGGUGGGGAGGCGGGUAGGGAGCUGUCUGGCCAUAUGGACAUAUCUGUGGGCACACCAUCCAUCCAUUUGGUCAUCUUGGUGCAGAUGUCGGUGCAUCUGCUGUCCGGCAAUAUCCUCAACUCGUUCGGCUUCUUGGACAAGGACUUCAAGGCCCCUCGCACCGUAGGAAGGAACCCUUCUCUCCCACACCCACUCAGCGACUCAGCCUCAUUGUGUGCCUGUCGAUAUCAGGGUGUCGCUGCUGAUGCCGCCGGCGGUGGUGGUGGCGGUGGUGGCGCCAAGGGCAAGGCCAAAGCCAAGGCCAAGCAGGCCAAUCGUCAGGAUGGUGGUGGAGGUGAGGAGGGUGGGGAGUCGGGGGGCCGCGAUGGAACCAAGACACCCACAUUCUUCAAGACCAAAUUCGGAGGUAGGUGCAUGGGUGGACACACAGACAGCCGUUCGUGUCCAUCUCAUUCAUCUCGGCAUGUGUAUUAUAAUGGGCAGGCGAGCAGCUGGUGAUUGCGCGGGCGACGGAGACCGAAACAGGUGAUAGCCCACCCAACGCAGCCGUCCAUCCAUCCAUCCAUCCAUGUGUGUGCAUGUGUGUCUGUGUGUCUGUCAGGGAUCCGUGUGGUUGGCAUCGAGUUGGAGCCCGAGUUGGUGGAGGACACCAAGCUGAUGGUCAGGAUCAUCCAGUCAAACAGCAUAUUCGACCACACAGCAAACACCCAAGACGGAGACAUAAACAGUACGCUGCUGCACUGCAUGCACAUAACAUAUCACACGAGCCCAUCUCCCGGCAACUCAUCUUUCCAACCUUGCGCUUUGCCGCUUUAGGUGAGGACAAGAAGGUGGCUCUCGCGACGCAGCUGGUGCAGAUGCAGGGGCAGCUGCACACAAUCACCUCAUCUGUCGAAGUGAGUACGCUGCACACCGUGCACCUCACAAUGAAUGUCCUUCCAUUCCAUCCACCGCCUGCCUGUCUGUCUGUCUGUCUGUCUGUCUGUGCAGCUCCUCAGCUCCCUGAUCGACCGGGGCGUCCUGCAGCCCACCAAGGUGUCUCUCCUCGCGCCCAGAGCGUCAUCGCGACCCUCGAGGAGGCACAGAUCAUCAGCAUCUCGGCCAAGGAUGGCCUCACGAUCCACCAAGGGUACCAUCUCGACGGCAUCUUCCACGGCGGCACUGCACCCGAUGAGCAACACGUAGACGGUGGGUCGGUCGGCCGGGGGAUGCCAUCGAUGGGGCCCUCCUGUGCGGGCGGAUGGAUGGAUGGAUUUUUGUCUGUCCGACUGCAGAUCAUUUCGCGAAGAGGGGCUUCAAGGACAUGCGUGCAGCGCCGCCCCCCGCCCGGCAGCCGCCCCCGAAUCUCAGGGACGCAGGUGACAGAGUGAGAUGAAUGAAUGAAAAGUCGGUGGCUUGACUGACAUGUCCCCCGCCUGCCUUCUUUUUGUUUGUAGUUGUGCGUCUGGGCAUUGCGCUGUUGAACCACCUCAAGCGGCAGCCACGAUUCAAAGACCCCCAAAUGACGUCAAAAGAAGAAGUACACACACAGACACACACACACACACCCAGACAGAGAGAGGGAGAGAGAGAGAGGAGGCAGCAUAUGCUGCUCUUCCUGUGCGCAUUUCUGCAGGUGGCUAAGCGGUUGGCGGCUCCGCCCGACAUGAGCGACGACGUGCGCCAGCGUGCAGUGUCCUUCGUGCUGCAGGGGAUGCGGGAUGACGGCCUCAUCCGCGGGCCGAGCGCCAAGGAGGGCAUCCAGCUGCUCGACCCCAGUGAGGACGAACAGAAGGUCCGCACUCUCUGGGGAGGCUGACGUGUGAAGGCUGAACGUCACGUGUGUGUGACGCUGUGGUGGGUGAUUGAGUGGAUGAUGGCUGUCAUUGGUGAAGGAAUGGAUGUGGUCUUGGACAGGUCACGGCCUGAAUGGCCGACUGCUUGAGCGACGAAAGGCCAGAAACGCUC